CAUUAUUAUUAUUAAUUGAUUAAUUGAUUAUCAGAACGUGUUUGAUGAAUUCACUGAUUGAUGUUGAAGUUAAAACACAUUGUAAAGAGAUUUGGCAUCAGGGUGAACGGCCUAACCAACUAACUAACUAACUAACUAACUAACCAACUCAGCAGUGAGAGCGGGUAGACAGCGGACCAAUCAGCUGCUCCUCCACACACACACACACACACACACAGUUAACAGAACAUCAGCCAAUAAUUGUGAUAAUUGAUAAUCAGAAGUUAUUUAUUGAAGCCAAACAGUUUCUUUUAUUUGUCAUAGUAACUGACAAAUCAAUAGAUAAUGAAUCAAUCAUUAGCUCAAUAAUUGACUAGUUUGAGUCCUAAUCAUCAGUUGGCAAAAAACAAAAUAACAUGAGAAGUUCAGAGUAAAUCUUUUUUCUGAAAGUUACAAAUGACUUUUAUUAUUUUAUUUAUUUGCAUAUUUUUAUUAUAUUAUUAUUUAUAAAUUCAGACAUAACUGAUUCUUUUUCUGAGAUACAGAAUAUAAAUAUAUAUGAAUAUUAAUAUGAAUGUUAAUAUUAGUAUAAAUAUAAUAUAUAAAUAUGAAUAAAACACAGUGACAUCAAAGAGACCGUAGAAACCAGGUUUUAUUUUCUGCUGAAGUUUAAAGUCACUGAUCUGGAAACAGUGAAACGGAUGCAGGUGUGCGAGUGAUCUGUAUCUCGGGGGGGGGGGGGGCAGGUGCAGUCACUGUGUCAACUGUCACGACCAACAGGUUUCAGAGGAGGCUGACAUACCUGUGUGCAGGUGGCUGGGAGGGGGCGUGGCCUGUGUGAUGGUAUCAGUGGGUGGAGGUGGUUCAGUGUCAGAGGAUGGAGGUUUGCUGCUGCUUCAGCGUCGGAGCUGCAGCUCUCUACGUCCUCACUCUACUCUGGAGGUUCAGACGGGGCCGCCAUGCUGGGUGCAGGCGGGGGGCACUGGUCGGGGCCCUGGGGGCUUCUCUGUGUUUCACUGUUUCUCCGGUUCUGUGUGGGGGGGUCCUCCUCACCUGCAGCCUCCAUCUGAUCUGUGUGAGCAGGAGAAAUGAGCUGCUGCCAGCGAAGAGCAGAGCGGUGCUGAUCACAGGGUGUGACUCUGGGUUUGGCCACGCCCUUGCGGAGCAGCUCAGUGAGAUGGGGGUGCAGGUGUUCGCAGGUAUGCUGGAUGUGAACGGAGGCGGAGCUCAGCGACUCAGAGAGCGAGGAUCUGAGAACCUGCAGGUGCUGCAGCUGGACGUGACCGACAGCACCCAGGUAGAGACGGUUCACAGGUACAUCUGCACUCAGGUGGGACACACAGGUCUGUGGGGUCUGGUGAAUAACGCAGGGAUCCUUCACUGCCCGGCGGAUGCAGAGCUCCAGCCCAUGGUGGCAUGCAGACGCUGUAUGGAGGUGAACUUCCUGUCAGCUGUCAACAUGUGUCAGGUGUUCCUCCCUCUCCUGAGGUGCUCCAGAGGACGCAUCGUCAAUGUGUCCAGCAUGGCAGGUGAGGUACCGAUGCCUCUGUUUGCUUCUUACGGAGCGUCUAAAGCGGCUCUAAGGGUUUUCUCUGAGGUGCUGAGGAUGGAGUUAUCAGUGUGGGGGGUCAAAGUGUCCGUGAUCCAACCUGCAGGCUUCAGAACAAAUAUCUUUGGGACCGAUGACGACGCCCGUCGCUACAGAGACGAGAUCCUCGCCGCUCUGUCCUCUGAGGCCAGAGAGGAUUAUGGGGAGGUGUAUGUCUCAUCCCUUCCCAGCAGUCUGUCCAGGAUGUCCCAGCAGUGCGCCGAGGACCUGUCCCCCGUGGUGGACGAGAUGUGUCACGCUCUGCUGUCGGUCCGUCCCAGACCCCUGUACACCCCCGGACAGAUGGGGUGGCUGCUGCCGUUCCUCCACCGUCACUGUCCCACCGCCGUGUUCGACCUCAUCGCCACGACCUUCCUCAAACACACUGAGUGUGAACCAGCAGGACUGAGGGGGGGCGGACACAGCUGACCAGAGUCCAUGUUCUGAUCACCAUCCAGGUGGUCUCAGAUGUCUGCAGGACCAGAACCACCCCACACAGGCCUGAACCGGAGUCUGGUGCAGUCAGUAGAUUUUACACAGUAGAAAUCCCGUGUUCAGAUACAAACAGGAUGUGGAACAUUCAUUCUAUCAAAAUAAAAGUAGUCAUCGUGUCAGAUCAGACUGAGACCAGCUGCUGCUGCUGAACACAGAUCAAACACUGACGACACACAGAGAAAAUCUGGUUUGUUGCAUCAGUUUCAAAGACUUGCAGCUGGAGUUUCCUACAGGACUUGAAUGCACCAGCACUGAUGAUGUGACUGUUGUUCUUGUAUGAAAAGUUCCAUGAAGAAACAUUUUCUGACCUGCUGCUGCUAAAUGAGUGUGACGUGACGAUACAAUGAUAUGCUAACAGAGAUGCUAAGCUAAAGAUCAUUGAUCUGGACAAACCAACAGAAAACUCGUUUUCAUUAAAUUGUUUUUCAAAGGAA